CGAAAAAUCCAAACCCUCCCCCAGAAAUCACGAAGCGAUAGAGGAGAGAGAGAGAGAGAGAGAGAGAGGAGAGAGAAAAUCUCUAGAGAGAGAGAGAGUGUGUCCAGUGUGAGGCUCGGAACCGAAAAGCAUGGGUCAGAUCGUGAAGAGGAAGAAGAAAGGGAGGCCGUCCAAGGCAGAUCUCGCACUCCGCGCCGCCGCCGCCGCCGCCGCCGUCGCCGUCGCGGAGACGCCGGAGGCGGCGGAGAGGCGGAGCCUCCGGCGGCGGAACGUCAGGUACACGUUCGACUUCGACGACUACGUGGACGACGACGAGCUGGAGGACGAGGACGCGUGGAGGAGGGAGAAGAAGCUGAAGCUGUUACUGAAGCUCCAGCAGCAGAGCAAAGAAGAAGAAGGCGGCAGCGGUAGCGAGUCGGCUCCGAGUCGGACUCGGCGCGUGGCUCGCGCGCCCGCUGCCGCCUCGGGGUCUUCAGAGGAGGACGGGGGUAAUCCAUUGAAGAAGAGGAAAAUAGGUGGUGAUGUUGACGAGGAUGACGAGGAUGGUGUGAAUGGCGGUGGUGAUGACGGAGAUGGAGAGGUAUAUAAUCUUAGUUUGCAUAAUCGUUCGGCAGAUUCUUCGCUGGCGCUCUCAAUUGUCGCGAAUGUGCGAGUUUACUCCCUAUUACGUGACACAACUGGGUCUGGAGCAGUUCGGGUGCAUGAGAACCCAUGUGUAGGGACACCAAAAGAACCAAAAGGGGCCGACUCUGUUCCAGGAACGCCAUCGGCUCCUCCACUGGGUUUUGCUUUGCCUGACAAGAAAUUGUUGGAGUUGAUUCUCGAUAAACUCCAGAAGAAAGAUAUUUACGGCGUGUAUGCUGAACCAGUUGAUCCUGAAGAGCUUCCUGAUUACCACGAGGUGAUUGAGCAUCCAAUGGACUUUGCCACGGUGAGGAAGAAGUUGGGAAAUGGAGCAUAUUCUACCUUGGAACAAUUUGAGAGUGAUGUUUUCCUAAUUUGCGCAAAUGCAAUGGAAUACAAUGCGCCAGAUACCAUAUACUAUAAACAGGCACGGUCCAUCGAAGAGCUGGCUCAAAAGAAAUUUCAGAGAUUAAGGGGUCGUGCUGAACACUCUGAGAAAGAGCUCAAGUCAGAAGAUGUAACAAGAUCUGACUCAUUGGUUAAGAAGCAAAUAAAGAAGCCAAUGAACAGAACCGCACAGGAACCAGUUGGCUCUGAUUUCUCCUCCGGUGCCACUCUCGCCACACCUGGGGAUCUUCAAAGUGGGUCAAAUGCAACGCAAGCUGGUGGUUUCGAGAAGCUUAGCAAAGUUGAUGGCCCUGUAGAGGGUAACACUUCCUUGACUGAGAACAUUUUGGACAAGGCAGAAGAUUUAUCCUCAGGGAGGGGUGCUCUAUCUAGACUGGGGAGGAAGCCUCACAUCCAUAAUGAUAACCGUCGAGCAACGUACAACAUUUCCAACCAACCAGAGUCCAGAUCCGAGUCUGUAUUUACGACCUUUGAUGAUGAUAUGAAGCAGCUGGUUCCCGUCGGGCUUAAUGCAGAUUACUCUUAUUCCAGGAGCCUGGCUCGUUUUGCUGCAACACUGGGGCCCGUUGCUUGGAAUGUUGCCUCCAAGAGGAUUGAACAGGGUCUACCUCCUGGGUUCAAAUAUGGUCGUGGUUGGGUUGGAGAUUAUGAACCACUUCCAACACCAGUAUUAAUGCUGAAUAAUUGUUCCCCUAAAGAGACUGCUCUUAAAAAGGAUGAUAACUCUUCUAAGAGCACCCCACUUUCUGCCCAGGCACAUCCUGUUAAUGUCCCUAGUUUUAAAAAGGGGGACUCAUCUUUGUUUGGUGCUGCUAUAACCAAAACCACCUUCAAUCCUACCGCGAGUACUCCAGUAAGGGAGCAGUCUGUUAGGGGCGCAAAUUUGGACGGGAAACAGCCUUUCUUUUGUUCUGAAGGAAGCAGAGGUACUACAACUGCGAGCGUAAAUUAUCCGCAGCAAAGCCCCCGAUCCAGGAAUAUUGAACCGGACAAAAAGGUUAUAAAGCAAGCUGAAUUGAAUUGUCCUGCCCCCUCAGCCAAUCGAAAUAUGGAUGAUUUUGUUGCAGAGAAGCAGAUUCCAAAUGGCGAUGUCCCUGCUUCACGGUCAACCGAGACAGUCUCAAGGAACGGGAAUCUUUCACAGGCUAUACCUCUAAAGCAGACGGAGAAUAAUAGAAAAGUCUCAAGUAAGAGUUUGGGCAGAAACAGGAUGGUCACUUCACCCACUUCACCCUCUGAUGGUCUUCCUAACCAAAUAGUUUCAGAUGCACCUUAUUUUUCCCAUGGACCGGAGCAAGGUCUUAGUGACCCUGUCAGGUUAAUGAGAAUGUUAGCUGAAAAUUCUCAAAAACAGCAGAAAUCAUUUAAUAAUCCCCAAGUUGACAACAAAUCGUCUCUUGUGCCAUUGGCUCCAUCGUCAAGGAGUGAGGAUUCAAUCAAUGCAACUGCAGCUGCUGCACGAGCAUGGAUGUCAAUAGGGUCUGUGGGGUCUAAAGCAGCUGCAGAAAAUACAGGCACCCACAAGAAUCAGAUGCACUCACUCAAUAAUCCUGCUAUGGAACCCCAGCCGCAAGUUUCCCACAAGAAUCAGAUGCACUCACUCAAUAAUCCUGCUAUGGAACCCCAGCCGCAAGUUUCCCACAAGAAUCAGAUGCACUCACUCAACAGUUAUACUAGGGAACCCCAGUCGCAAGUUUCCCAAUUUCGUGGUGAUUUUCCUGGGUUUGGGAUGCAUUUUCAGCCUCCGAAAGCCAGCUAUCCACUUCAGCCCUUUAUGAUACCCCCUGCUCAAAUGGGCAAUGAAGCUCAAAACCGACCAAUGAUUUUCCCUCAGUUAGUGACGGCUGACUUGUCUAGGUUUCAGAUGCAGUCUCCUCGCCAGAGUUUAAAUUCGCCAAGGCAACAAAGAUACAAACAGGAAUCAGUUCCACCUGACUUGAAUCUCAGUUUCCAGUCAUCUGGGUCACCUGGGGGACAAUCUUCAGGAGUUAUGGUGGACUCUCAGCAGCCAGACCUAGCUUUGCAACUCUGAGGUUUCCAAUUUCUUGAAGAAAUAGGAUAGAGAAGAAAGCUGGGCAUUUUACCACGGCAUUGCCUCCUCUUUUUCAAGGGUGGUUUGAAUUGGGGAGAGUUUGGAUUGGGGGUUACUUCACCAGUUUUGGACCAAAUAUUUGAAAUGAAGAUCUCUUUUAAGGUCUUGACUGGGGUUUUCCCAGUCGAAAGGACGUCGAGAUUAGUUUGAUAAAGAGGCAACAGAUAAACGACAGGAUUCAAUGAGAGCCUGCAAAUAUAGAUAUGGAAUUAGCUGCUUUCUUUCUUCUGCGUUAGAUGAGGAUUACCCAGUUGCGGCGAACAUAUUCAGGUUAGUGUGUCAGAAUGAGCUGAGGUGAGGUAAGUUAGUAUGUAGACCACCGCUCCAUGUUUACGAGUUCUCAGAUCCAGUGAAUUACUACACAUGAAACCCAUUUGUUGUAUUGUACAUUAGGUAUGGGUGGAUGAGUAAUUUGUUGAGACUUGUGUUGCCUAUGAUUUUUAUUGCCUUUGAUUUUGCUGUAUUCUUAGGCAUUUGCUGUUGUAUCAAGUUCAUUAAUGAUUGUAUCACACUGUGAUGAUAGGAGGAGAGUUUUCUCUUUCCACAAAUAGUUUUCUGAUUGAAUUCUUUUA